AGACCGUUGGUGAGACAUAUCUGGAUCCACAUCCAACUCCAACCAUACACCUGCCAAAGGUGUCAAGACCCCCGGACGAAAGUAUGGGACAAUGCGGACAAUCGUAUCAUCCGCAGAACCAUCACACGGCUCUUUUCCAUCCUGGCCACUUGGGAGCCAGCGGAGGAGGGGUUGACCCUGGAGCUCAGCGCCCAUUCCAUCAGCGACUCGCAACAUUGGUUCCGCGACCAUUAUUUUGGAGGUGAUGAGGACCGAGAUCUCGAUAUUCGCUUCGAAACCCAUGAAAGGAGCACCAAUCCCGGCUUCGGUCAUGCAGUAAACCACGGUUGGCGGCAUACCCAACAGGUGGAGUUUCCGGGCAAAAAUGCGUUGUGCCGACUGUACGGGUCGUCUGCGUUGAAAUUCAACAAGAACCUCCCCCUCGUGCCCGCUGUCACCCGGUUUGUCCUCCGUCGACAAUGCCGUGGUCGGCUGUUGCCCGGUCCGGUAUCCACUCUUUUGUGCAAGUUCCCUCGGCUGGAGUCUGUGGUGUAUGAACCAUGGCGGAUGAGGGAUAUGGACGAGCAGACACGGCAGGAUGAUGGCAAGCAAUCCGAGAUCUGUGGCUACGAGGAGAGGUUUCUAACCAUUCAUGUAGAUUGUCAGGAUUUAGUGGAGACACGCCUACCACCAACCGUCCGGGGACUUUCUCUUUUCGAAGACUAUACUGAAGACUAUGCGCACUUGUUCUCGCCAGAGUUUCGUGCCCGGGCGGCGAACCCGGUCGUUGGCGCGGCCUUUGCGAGGCGAAGCCUCCACCUGGAACAACUGUUCGUCUCCUUCGUGAUUGACGCCCAGCACUUCUUCGACGCAUGCCAGUCUGACUGGACUUGGAACCACCUGCAGACCGUGGUGCUGACGUCGCGCCUCCUGCACCCGUCCACACCCCAGGAAGACAUCAAUGCGUUGUUACGACAGGCGGCGGACGUAGCGUCUCGGAUGCCCCGGCUCCAAACCAUGGCUCUGUGGAACUAUGUAGGUGGACACGGUGCGGUGUUCAAAUAUGCUAGCGAUGUUCCUUCCAUCACCUGGCGGGGCACGUGGAAGAUCGCGCUGGAGCUUCCCGUCCGCCUGACUUGGGAGAGGACCGUCGCUCAAAGGACUCGCGGUGAACUCGUAUCGAUAGCUCAAUCGGUGUGGCUUGAUUUUGCCUUUGUUCCCUCCCGUGGGGAUAUCAUCAAAUGCUUGGAGUUGCCCGAGGGCGUGCUGGAUCCUGAAUCCUUGCAGCAGAUGCGGAGGGAA